AUGCUCUCUACAUCCAAGAAACCCACAGGGAAGAAAAGAGUUUCCAAACAAAAUGAGCCAUUUGAUGCAGAAGAUCUUUGCCGCCGCCUCACAGCUCACAUCGUGGAGCAGAAAUCAAAAACAGAGAAACGACGAGAAUCGCGUGGUAUCUCCAUGGGAACUCACGAAGAAGAUUCUAGAGUAAACAUCUGCAAUUCGACGAAUUAUACCGUGGCUCCUGAAAGUACCAUAACACAACCUCAAGUUCGAUCAUCUCAUGAAGCAAUAAAAGCUCCGCACAAGGGGUAUAGAGGCGCAACGCACCAAAAAAUAUCUUCUAAGGGAAAUAAUAAGUCUGAAAAGUAUCUAGGUAACGAUCAGCACGACACCCAUCACUGUACAAAUCGUCAUCGCAAUCUUCACAAACGCGACCAAGCACUAGAAUCAUGGCAAGAUGAAUGUAUAAAAGGAGGAACAUAUCAUCCGAUGGAACAUGCCUACUCCAAAUCCACAUGUGAUGGUCCAGGAGCGAGUGACGAUGGUGAAAUAUAUUGGCAAGGUACCAAUCGGUCUCACAAGAUGAAGGGAAGUUCACGUGGCGGGAGAAAUAUUGGCUGGCUGAAAAGAGGCGAUACCGGUCGUAAAGACAAAGUCACUAGCUCUCCUCUAUUAAAACGAAUGGAAACAAGCUGGAUAUUGAUGGUAAGAAAAAUACCGAAAUUUCAAAACUCCGAGAGCAACAGCCCCGACAGCACCGAUAGCCUACCAUCACCUCCUGCUACGAAACCAGGUGGACGAAAUAGUUUUCUGAACCGAUUUUUGAAAAAUUCGAGCAUUUGA